CUCCCCGCAGCGGCGGCCGGGCCUGGCGGCGCGGGGCCGCGGGCUGCUGCCCCGCGGGACGCGGCGCGGGCCGAGCACAGGAUGCGGGUGACGCGGAAGCGGCUGUGCUCCGCGCUGGGCGCCGCCUACGCGCUCUUCUCGCUCUACGCCGCCUACAGCGUCUUCCUGCGGCCGCGGCGGGCGGGCGGCGGGCGGGCCGGCCCCCGCGAGCGGCGCGGCAGAGAGCACUCUUCUUUGGGAAGUGAAGAAUGGAAUCCUUGGGAAGGGGAUGAAAAAAACGAACAGAUUGCUUCCCGGCAAAGAUAUGAAACUAACCUUCAAUUACUAAAAAAUAUAAAAUCUCAGCAAGAACCAACAGCCCUUAGAGUGCAGAUCUGGGGUAAAGCAGCAGUAGGUCUUUACCUCUGGCAACAUAUUCUUGAAGGUCUGCUUGAACCAGCUGAUAUGACUGCUCAGUGGAGAGAAGGAAGCAUAAAGGCAGGAAAAACACUUUUCAGUUUCAUCACUGGCCCAGCUGUAGUUCCUGGAUAUUUCUCAGUAGAAGCUGAUAAUGUGGUUCUAGUUCUGAAUGGAAGAGAAGAAGCAAAGAUAACUUACGCCACACAGUGGUUACAUUAUGCACAAACUUUAAUUCAAACUCACAAGCUGCAGCAUGUUGCUGUCCUGCUGCUUGGAAAUGAACAGUGCAACAAUGGAUGGAUACAACCAUACCUAAAAGGACAUGGGGGAUUUGUAGAGCUACUUUUUAUAAUAUAUGAUUCUCCCUGGGUAAACAAAGAUGACAUUUUCCAGUGGCCUUUAGGAGUGGCUACAUAUAGAAAUUUUCCUGUGGUAGAACCCACUUUGUCAAUGCUUCGUACUCCAAGAUCAUAUCUAUGCAAUUUCUUGGGAACAGUUUAUAAGAACUCAUCUAGGGAGACCCUAAUGGAAGUUUUGAAACAAGAUGAACUUGAUAAACUUUGCUGGAUUACAGCCAGAGAACAGUGGCAGCCUCAAGAAACAAAUGAAAGUUUUAAAAAUUAUCAAGAUGCAUUGCUGCAGAGUGAUCUCACGUUGUGCCCAGUGGGAGUAAAUACAGAAUGCUAUAGAAUUUAUGAGGCAUGUUCAUACGGAUCUGUUCCUGUGGUAGAAGAUGUAAUGACACCAGGUGAUUGUGGAAAUUCAUCUAUAUACCACAAUGCUCCAUUGCAAUUACUAAAGACAAUGGGGGCUCCAUUUAUCUUUGUUAAAAACUGGAAAGAGCUUCCUGUAGUUUUAGAAAAAGAAAAAAAUAUGAACUUACAAGAAAAGAUCCAAAGAAGAAAAAAGCUUAUAGAAUGGUACAGGCACUUCAAAGCACAAAUGAAACAAAAAUUCAUUCAUAUUUUAGAAAACUCAUUUUUACCCCAUGAAAAAGGAUAAAUUUCUCACACCACCCCCACCGAAAAUCAAAAAUUGGUUGAAAACUUUAUUCCCACUGAUCUGUAAAUGAUGCUUUAUAUAGAAAGAAAAAUCAACACAAGUGCAGCUCCUUUGAAAUCAACAGAGCUGUGCAAACUUAUCCCAGGGCUGAAUUUACCCGUCUGUUCUUAGCUGCUUCCAGAAAGUCUUAGAGGUUGGCAGUCUGCACAGACAUCAUUAACUUUAUUAUUAUUACUGCAAUGCCUAGUUUUCUUAUAUUUAGCAAAUAAGUGCUUCUGAUUCUCAGUGGGAUUGCAGGAUUUCAAGAAAUACUUCACUCAGUUUUGUAGGAUUUCCCCCCCAAAAGUGCUGGCCACACUGUAGUGAUAUUUCUGUUUUCAGUAUUCUCUUUCCUGAAGUUCUCCUGCCUCCACUCCCCCAUUUUAAAAAUAUAUAACUGAAGAGCAAAAGUCUGGGUCAAACAAGCCCUAAAUGACAGAACUUUUAAUAGUAAACAAAUUCUUUAUUGUAAGUACAAUAAUUAUUUGUACAUAGAACUACCCCCUCCCCUUUGUCAGGAACAAAAUGAAAGCAUUUAGUGCUUUAGGUUCUUCCCAUUUUUCUAAUGUCUCAGAGUUACAUGUUGGGUGGUGGUAGAUGCUUGAUGUGAAAAAACUUUACUUUUGUGUGGUUUUAUAACAAAAGGAGUGUAUCCUUGUGUGGAUCUGUGCUCCUCGCUCGUUGUGUGCAACACAUGUUUCUGUAGCUGUCAUCCCCAUUAUGGCUUCCAAGUGUCCCGCUAGCUUAUCUUCUACCCCUCUUCCUGGUCCAUCAAUGAAGUGCAAGAGAACUUCACUAACCCUUCACCACCUCUCUUCAUACCAACUAAAGAUUCACCACCACGCUAUGUUGUGUGUAUUGUCUGCUGUUGGUGAGUACCAAAAUUGUCUUGUAAAAGUGGUCAAAAUGGGUCUGAGGGUCAGUACAGUCAAGGUCUUGGAACAUAUCCCUAUUUAUUACACUGUAAAGUGGGUUCCCUUUACGUGAAUUUGGGUUAUGCGCCAUUUUCCAGAAAUGCAUAUACAGCAUAAAGCAAGGGAAACUUUUAAUCCUUCUUCCCUGACAUCCACCCAUCCAUACCUCUUUCUCUGGUCACAUAUGGAGAAUAUCCAAGAGUGCUCACUUUUGUGAAACCUUUCUCCACUUAAACAUUUCUGUAAAGGAAAGACUAUCCUUAUAUUUUAAAUACGUAUCUAGAAUCCUGAGCCCUCUCCACUUUCUCCAAGAAAAGUCACGGUUUAGAAUACUGUUUUAGUGGGUUGUUUUUUUUCUGCUAAGGUUGUAGUGGUAUUAUGGUAUAUGUGGUAUAUGGCAGUAUUUAUGAUGUCAAAGUAAACAUGUAAAAAUGCAUUUGAUCAACGUUUUCAGUUAAAAAAUGCAGCCCCAUGGGCAUAGUAAGUUUGUAAGCAUAAUUAUGGGUCUGUGUCACCACACUAAUCUUGAGGUCCAGAUGUCUGCAAGAGUCAAAAAAGAAUUAGGGAUAAAUGUUUUCAAAAAUGUCAGUGUGAGUUGGGAACUCACUUCCCAUAUCCCUGUCUACUGAAGCAUCUGGUACUAACCACUAUCCCAGGAAAUGCUCUCUGCCUCACAUCCUUUCCUUUCGCAUGCAUCUCUAAGAUACACAGAGAGUCUCUUCUUUAGGGUCCAGUCGAUAAGGCUAAGUACAGAAAAUCAAAAAGCCCAAGGCAGAACCAGUUCAAUCUAUGCAGUUUCCUCUAAGCUUCAUAGGUUAAACUGACAACCAACUGAACUGACAUCCAGUUUUCAAUUGGGAAAGGCAGAGAGAGGCCUGUGCUGACCCAGGCUAGUAGGCAGGGAGCACUAAAGCACACCUCCCAGCCUGCUGGCCAUUGCCAGCCCGGCCAAGUGGAACCAUUCCUGAUUGACUCCCUGGUACAUGCCCCCAACCCCCCGCUGUCUCCCACAGUGGGUUGAGGAGCCCCCUGUCCAGGUGCUGGCCCACCUCGGGGAGCCUCCCCCUCACAGGGUUUCCCCAAGCUUGGGUUCCCCAGCCCUGGGAGCCAAGGGGAUUUUCUACCUCCCCACUCCCAGUUGCUGUGUGAGUCUGAGGCAAAAGCAGCUGCGGGGGGAGUGGAAGAAUUUCCUUCCGCUUCCUGAGGCUGCCCCAGGCUAUCCAUGAGAUUAGCAGGGGCUAAGGCAAGCAGCUGUGGGGUUCAAGAGGGAAACAAUUCCCCUCAGCUCCCUGGGGCUGCCCUGGGCUGGGGUGGGGGGAAGCUCCCCAAGGCAGUAGCUGCCUGGUGCCCCUAGGCUGGGCAGUAGCUGGGAAGGGGAAAAUUCCCCUUGGCUCCCCAGGGAUGCUCAGAUGGAAAAGGCUGGAGUGAAGGAAGACUGGUGCCCGCAUCCCUGGGGCCUUGGGAACUUCAUCCCCCUCCUUCCUGUGGCAGCGGCUGAGGCAAGCAGCUGUGCAAGGGAGGGGAAGGUGGGAAAUUCCCCUGGCUUCCUGGGCUGCCCCCAGCGGAGGGAAGGCUGCGGAGGGGCAAAAAGCCUCCUCCACAGGGGCUUUCCUUCCUCACCAAACUGUGUAGAUCUGGGCUAGGGCGGGCUGGGGGUCUGUUCCCUUCCCCACAUCUCUAUGGGCUGAUGGAUGCAGGAAGAAAGCAGGCUAGGCAGCAGAAGGGUGGGGCCGUCCCUGCUCCACUGGAGCAGAUAGCACAGCUGAGGGCUGCAAAACGUCCUGGGGUGCUGGGGGACUGUGAGUUAACUUGAAGCAGGAAGGGGUCUGGGAAAGAAGUUCCAUAAAUCGGUUUGACGUAAAUUAGUUAAGUCUGAUACUACAUCUAUCCAGGUUUAUCUUGAACCAGUUUUGGCCAUUUUGAAACUGGUUUAUGUGUACUGACCAUCUGUUCUGUUACAGGUUUAAACUGGUUUAUGUGUAACUUCUGUCCCUAACCUAAGUGUGGGAUGAUGAUAUUGAAUGAAGUGGUGCACUCUUUAUUGCAUGAUCCUGGGCAGUUCCUUUGUUGAAAAAUUUUCUCCCUAAGUGCAAAAACACAGUGAUCCAUCAAUUUACAAUAAAAAAUAAAGUAAAAGUACUUGUUCAUUUUCUUUUUUACAAUAUGCUAUUUAUCUGUCCAAUAAAACUUUUUAAUCUUGCCACAAAAAAGAAAAAAAUUAAUAGAGGAAGAAAAGAGUAUUCUACUACUAUUAAAAGAGCAUCCUGCUACUAGACAGUAGCAUUUACUACCAAGGAAAAGAGAGAGUAAUAAUGAUUUUUGUCUCUUUUUUUUCUUUUUUCAUUUAAAAAAAUAAAACAAAAACAUUUUGAGCAAGCAAGCCUGUUUUAUCUAACCUCAUGCCACCAUCAUUUUAGGACGUAAAAAGGAGCUGGAACUAUCAGAAUAAUUCAAUUGUGAAGCUAUAUGAAGAACUUAUACCUACAAAAUAAGUUGUUUUUGAAGAAUGUGAUUCAUUUGAUUGCCAUGUUCUUUACCAGGGAAACGGCUCUAAACUAAUUGUAUGUAUAUUGUGUUAAAUAGUGUAAUUUAUAAUUCUGUAAAAUUUUGAAACUCUUAACUUAUGCAAAAAUAGUCCUCCUUUCCCCAAAAUAUCCAGUAUUAAAUCAUGUCCUCUUCAACUGAA